UUCUUAUUUUAUAUCACUAACCUUUUUCCAAAAACAAACAAAAUAAACAAGCAGUGAUUUUUUUUAUAGUUUAAACAUGUCUCUUAUUAAAAAUUUAAUAAAAGAACCCGAAAUAAAAUCCAAAGCAAAGAAUGACUCAGGAAACAGCGAUGAAGAAAAAAAACCUAAGCCAAUUAUAAAAUCUGCUCUUGAUCUUCAACGCUUAAAAUUGGAGAAGCUAAUGAAAAAUCCAGAUAAACCAGUACUAAUACCAGAACAUAGAAAGGAAAAAGAUUUCAUGCAAAGUGUACCUACAUUUGUGCGGAAUGUUAUGGGUUCUAGUGCUGGAGCUGGAUCCGGUGAAUUUCAUGUGUACCGUCAUCUCCGACGCAAGGAAUACGCCAGGCAAAAAAUGAUUCAGUCGAAAAGUCAUCAAGAAUUGUUAGAUGAAGAGUAUCAAGAAAAACUCGAACAAAAUCGUAGAAUAGCUGAAGAAAAAACCGCAAAAAAGAGGGCGAAACGUUUAAAAAAGAAGGGCCGAGCUAAAAGAACAAAACAGUCUAAUCCCAAAGAAUUGGUUGUAGCGAGCGAUGAUGACAAAAGCAAUGAUUCGGAAUCAGAAACUGAAACCAAAAACACAGAUUCAAAUGUCAAAAAUGAUGAAGCGAAUGAAGUAAACACAAAAGAAAGGAAAGAAAAUUGAAAUAAAUAUAAAAAACAUGAUA